AUGGUCAACGACGUCGACAAGAGCUUGCUAGAUCGUCUACAGGCACUGAGGGGAGGCCCAGCCGGCGGUCAACCAUCGCAAGCGCCUCAGAACAUCAAAGUAGAUGUUAUUGAGAGGGCCAAGACACCGUCCAGAGAGGAUGCGCUGACGGCGCGGCUCAGGUCCCUGCGCGAAGGCUCAGCGACGCCUGAGCCGGAGCGGCAACGCGCAUCACCAAACCCUGCUGCUGCUGCUGCUGCUGCUGCUGCUGCUGCUGCUGCUGCUGCUGCUGCUGCUGCUGCUCCUCAACCAGCACCCACCAUCUCGGAAAAGCAGAAUUCCACCACGCUACCAGCUGCUUCAUCCAACAAAAAGUACCAAGAGGAGGAGGAGGAGGAGGUUUUCGAGCAUGUAUUCGAGACCGACGACGAUACCCUGCAGGAGCUCUUGGCAGACGUCACGCCAGACGAGGACCCGGGCGGCGGCGUCUCGGGCGCGCAUGAGCCGAGCGACGAGCAGGUCCGGGCACUUUUGGAAAAGCUCGCCGACGACAUCCCCAAAGACUUGUCCGACCCGCAGCCCACGCACGACCAUGAGCUGGACUCGGACAAUGACGGCUCGGACAGCGAGGCCAUGAGGCGCCAGGUCAAGGAUGUCGUGGAGCGGUAUCAAGACGAGGCAGAGAUGGAGGAGGAGGAGGAGGAGACACAGAGCAAGCGCCAGGAAUCAAAAGACGAUGACGACGACGACGAUUUUCAAGAUCCUCACGAUGAAGCGGCGGCGCACAACGCCGACCUGCCGUCCGUUCCCUCGGACCUACAGGACCCUCUCCCGUCCUCCUCCGCGCGGAGCGAGAGCAAGCCCGGCCUCGACGAUAUUACUGCACGGUUAGCCGCGCUCCGCGCUCCGAGCCACAACACCGACGGCGGUGGCGACGACGACGACGACGAUGAUGACGCCUCCCCAGACUCGUUGAGCUUGCCAUCGGUGCCGACGUCGCGCCCGUCCGUCCAGCCCGUGUCGCGGCUACAAACGCGGACGGGGUACACCGACGACGACGCGGACAGCUGGUGCACCGUGUGCUUGGCGGACGCCACGCUGCGGUGCCUGGGCUGCGACGACGACGUGUACUGCGCGCGGUGCUGGCACGAGAUGCACGUCGGCCCGGCGGCGGCGUUUGACGACCGCAGCCACCGCGCCGUGCAGUUUACAAGGGAUAGAAAGAAAAAGGAGGCGCCGAAAAAGGUGGCCCUAGGGGCAUAG